AUGAGUUCUUCAGAGGACGACGUGCCUCUGGCACGCGCGAAUGGCCGCGCAAAUGCCACCCCGAAAAUUAAGUCCCCUGCAACGAACGGCGAUCUUGAUCCUGGUGUCUCGGUUCGAUUUGGCCCCGUGCAAGACGCCGACGUCGAUAUGAAGGAUGUGGAUGCGGCGCGCGGCGCCAGUAAGCGCAAGUCUCGAAUCAGCACCGACCGAAAGAAGUCAUACGUCGAGCCGGAAAGCAGUGAGGAAGAAGACAAGCCUUUGAGUAAACGCCGGCGAACAUCUGUGAAGCAUGAAGAUCCCGAGUCCGAUGAUGACGUUCCCUUGGCCUUGAAUGGAAGGAAACUUCCCAAGGCUUCGGAAACCGCCAUUGGAGAGGAGUCUGACUCCGAUGUGCCGAUUGAGAAGAAGCUCUCUGCCCAGAAGAAGAAGAUUGAGCAAAAGGCCAACAAGGACGCUCGCGCCGCUCGCAAGGCCCCUCCCAAGAAGGAGUCCAAACCUGCCGUGACCACCAAAAAACAGACGAAUGGCGUGAAAAAGGAACCUGCCGAUGACAAGUCUGCUCUGAAGAGAGUGAAGACCGAGUCAGCCACCCCGAAGAAAGGCAAGGCGAAGGUGAAGGCAGAGAGCGAAGAUGCAGACGAGAAAGAAGAGGAGGAAGACGAGUACAAAUGGUGGGAGGAUCCCACAAAGGGGGAUGGAACCAAUAAGUGGACCACGUUGGAACACAAUGGCGUUGUGUUUCCUCCGCCCUAUGAGCCUCUGCCCAAGAACGUCAAGUUGAAGUACAAUGGAGUCCCAGUCACCCUGCAUCCAGAUGCUGAAGAAGUUGCUGGCUUUUUCGGAAGCAUGCUCAAUUCGGCCCACAACGUUGAGAACCCAGUUUUCCAGAAGAACUUCUUUACAGACUUUAAGGAUAUUCUCAAAAAGACUGGCGGUGCCAAGGAUGCACAGGGCAACAAGGUCGAUAUCAAGGAAUUCACCAAGUGUGAUUUCAAACCCAUUUUCGAGUUUUACGAUGCUCAGCGUGAGGAGAAGAGGAAUCUCUCUCCUGCGGAGAAAAAGAAAAACAAGGCCGAGAAGGAUGAGCAAGAAGCUGCUUAUCAGUUUUGUACGUGGGACGGUCGCAAACAGAAAGUCGGUAACUUCCGAGUUGAACCUCCUUCUCUGUUCCGUGGCCGAGGCGAGCAUCCUAAGACAGGCCGUGUCAAGACUCGUGUCCUGCCAGAGCAAAUCACCAUCAACAUCGGAAAGGAGGCGACUGUUCCACCCCCUCCCCCUGGCCACAACUGGAAGGAAGUCAAGCAUGAUCAAGAGGGCACUUGGCUUGCUAUGUGGCAGGAGAACAUCAACGGCAACUACAAGUAUGUCAUGUUAGCUGCCAACUCUGAUGUCAAAGGCCAGAGCGAUUACAAGAAGUUCGAAAAGGCCCGCGAGCUCAAAAAGUACAUCGACAAGAUCCGCAAGGACUAUCAAAAGGCCUUGAAGCACGAUAUGAUGGUGGAACGCCAGAAGGCUACUGCGGUGUACCUCAUUGAUCAGUUUGCACUUCGUGCUGGAAACGAGAAGGGCGAAGAUGAGGCUGAGACUGUUGGCUGUUGCUCACUCAAGUAUGAGAACAUCAGCUUGAAGCCUCCCAAUACGGUUAUCUUUGACUUCCUGGGUAAGGAUAGUAUUCGUUUCUACGAUGAAGUCCAGGUUGAUCCUCAAGUCUUCAAAAACUUGAAGAUCUUCAAGAAGGCGCCAAAGAAGAAUGGUGAUGAGAUCUUUGACCGACUGACUACUUCGGCGCUCAACAAACAUCUGCAGAACUACAUGCAGGGUCUCACGGCUAAAGUUUUCCGUACUUACAAUGCCUCUUUCACUAUGAGCAACCUGCUUAAGGAGAUGAAGGCCACCGGCACGAUCCCGGAGAAGGUCAAGGCCUACAACGAUGCCAAUCGCCGAGUUGCUAUUCUGUGUAAUCAUAAGCGGACCGUGACUGCUGGCCAUGCCAAUCAAAUGGAGAAGAUGGGUGAACGGAUCAAGGGACUUCGAUAUCAGAAAUGGCGACUUAAGCAACAGAUGCUCGAUCUUGAACCCACCUUGAAAAAGAAGAAGGGGGCUGCGUUCUUCGAGCGAGAUGAGGAUAUUACUGUCGAGUGGGUCAAAGAGCACCAGGCCUUCCUGUUGGAGGAACAGACUCAAAAGAUCCAGAAGAAGUUUGAAAAGGACAAUGAGAAGCGUGUUGCCGAUGGAGAGAAGGAAAUGAAGACCUCCGAGCUCAACGAACGCCUUGAGGUUGUCAAAGACCUGGAAAAGAAGUUCGCCAAGGAGAACAAGUCUGGCAAGGUGGAGGCUGAAGGCAGAGGUCCAACUGUGGAGAAGAUCGAAGCUGCGAUCGUGAAACUUGACCAGCGCGUUGAGACGAUGUCAGUCCAGGCUCAGGAUAAGGAAGACAACAAGGAGGUCGCCCUCGGCACGUCGAAGAUUAACUACAUUGAUCCUCGUCUCACUGUUGUCUUCAGCAAGAAGUUCAAUGUUCCCAUUGAGAAAUUCUUUUCCAAGGCGCUGCGUGAGAAGUUUGAGUGGGCCAUCAAGUCUGUGGAGGAGGACUGGGAGUUCUAA